UCACCGUCUCUUUCAUUGGCUAAUGACCUAAGUCAUGAGAGUCCAUUGGAUGGACGCACGCACGCCUUUUGUCAACCUUUAAGGACCACAAGAAGAAUAAACAAGGUUUACCUCCCUCAGGUCAUCCAUGCACGUGUGAGCCCAGGGUAACCAUGCUAACGGCACACAGAGCGUGCACCACCGCCCGGCUCUUGGCCCGGAUGCCACUCCACGCCUGUGGGAUCCACACCUCGGCCCCGCGUCGGGACCAGGUGGAGCUUCACCCACAGUGGGCCGCCUUGGCCAAGAAGCAGCUAAAGGGGAAGAACCCGGAGGACCUGAUAUGGCAUACGCCCGAGGGCAUCGACAUCAAGCCGGUGUACACCAAGGCUGAUUCGGAUGCGAGUGCGGACGAGUUACCAGGGGUGUUUCCCUACACUAGGGGGCCCUAUCCCACCAUGUACACCAGCAGACCCUGGACCAUCAGGCAGUAUGCGGGAUUCAGUACCGUGGAAGAGAGCAACAAAUUUUACAAGGAUAACAUCAAAGCGGGGCAGCAGGGCCUGUCGGUAGCCUUCGAUCUCCCCACGCACCGCGGCUAUGACUCGGACAACCCGCGGGUGCACGGCGACGUUGGCAUGGCGGGCGUGGCCAUCGACACGGUGGAGGACAUGAAGAUGCUCUUUGAUGGCAUCCCGCUGGAGAAGAUGUCCGUGUCCAUGACCAUGAACGGAGCCGUCAUCCCAGUACUCGCCAUGUUCAUCGUGACGGGUGAGGAGCAGGGUGUGCCCAAGGCCAAGCUCACCGGAACCAUUCAGAAUGACAUUUUGAAGGAGUUCAUGGUGCGGAAUACCUAUAUUUUCCCACCGGAACCUUCCAUGCACGCCAUCGCCGACAUCUUUGCGUACACAUCCCAGCACAUGCCCAAGUUCAACUCCAUCUCCAUCAGCGGCUACCAUCUUCAGGAGGCGGGCGCCGACGCCAUCUUGGAAGUGGCCUACACUAUCGCCAACGGGCUGGAGUACUGUCGCACCGGACUCAAAGCUGGCUUGACCAUCGACGAGUUUGCUCCCAGAUUGUCGUUCUUCUGGGGCAUCGGCAUGAACUUCUACAUGGAAAUCGCCAAGCUGCGGGCGGCUAGGAAGCUGUGGUCCACGUUACUGCGGGAAAAGUUCCAGCCGCAAAACGCCAAGUCCCUCCUCCUACGCACUCACUGCCAAACGUCUGGUUGGUCUCUCACGGAGCAAGACCCGUACAACAACGUGAUCCGCACGGUCAUUGAGGCCAUGGCGGCCGUUUUCGGAGGCACGCAGUCGCUCCACACCAACUCCUUCGAUGAGGCCCUGGGUCUACCCACCGUGAAGAGCGCCCGGAUCGCUCGCAACACGCAGAUCAUCAUCCAGGAGGAGUCGGGCAUCCCCAAGGUGGCCGACCCGUGGGGGGGUUCGCACAUGAUGGAGUCACUCACUGACGAUCUCUACAACACUGCCUUGAAGUUUAUCCAAGAGAUCGAAGAGAUGGGGGGCAUGGCCCGGGCAGUGGCUGAGGGCAUUCCCAAGCUCCGCAUCGAGGAAUGCGCAGCACGCAGACAGGCCCGUAUCGAUUCACGGUCAGAGGUCAUCGUCGGGGUGAACAAGUACCGCUUGGAGAAGGAGGAGACGGUGGAGGUGCUGGCCAUCGACAACACCCUGGUCCGACAGAAACAGAUUGAAAAGUUGAAGAAGGUACGGGAGAGUCGCAACACGGAUGUCGCCCACAAGUGUCUGGCUGCCAUCGAGGAGUGUGCCCGCACUCGAGACGGAAACCUGCUGGCUUUGGCUGUUGAGGCAGCACGUGCCAGAUGUUCUGUGGGUGAAAUCACGGACGCCAUGAAGAAAGUGUUUGGUGAGCACAAGGCCAGCAGCCGCAUGGUGAGCGGCGCGUACCGCAGCGAGUACGGCGAGCAUGAAGAAAUCGCCGUGGCGCUCAGCAGAGUGGCGGAAUUUAAGAACCAGGAAGGGCGGAACCCUCGUCUCCUGGUGGCCAAGAUGGGCCAGGAUGGCCACGACCGAGGCGCCAAGGUGAUCGCCACCGGGUUCGCCGACCUUGGUUUUGAUGUGGAUAUCGGGCCGCUCUUUCAGACGCCGGUGGAGGUGGCCCAGCAGGCGGUGGACGCCGAUGUACACUGUGUGGGCGUCAGCACGCUGGCUGCCGGCCACAAGACUUUAGUGCCCGAGCUUGUCAAAGAGCUCCGCAAGAUGGGGCGACCCGACAUCCUGGUCAUCUGCGGGGGCGUCAUCCCACCACAGGACUACGACUUCUUGUACCAGAGUGGCGUGAGCGCCAUCUUCGGGCCGGGCACUAGAAUCCCGCAGGCCGCCGUGGACGUGGUGGACAACAUUCACAAGAGCCUGGAGAACAUCCGACAAGCCAUGUAAAGGCCAGCUUUUUACAUUAGAAAGGCAACGUAUUCCGCUUGCCAUUUUCAAGACAUUUUGACAAAAACGUGUGAAAUGUUAUCCACUCUCAAAUGUUGGCGAUAAUCAUGAUCGUGACUAGAAGCAUGUUUGUCAUUUGCCUUUCCAAGUAUCUUGACAUCACUCUGCAUCAUUCAUAUUUGGAUAUUGUGUAUAUUUUUAUGAAUUAAAUGCUUCAGGAGCAUUUGCGGUGUCAACUGAA